GAAACGAGGAUAGGAUGGCCAGGCCCGCGCACAGCUUUUUGAAUCACGGUGAACGUUGUUAGAAUGGUUCUUCUACGUGUUUAUUAUCUUUCGUAGUGCAACACCUGCUUUUAUUUUCAGCAUGUGCUUGUAAUAAGCAAAUACGCAAGUUGUUGUUGUAUAACUAGAAGUACUGCGCGCUGGUACAAGCUGAUAUCACUAGGUGCUUGACGAUUGUUGCCGAGUGUGCGACUUAGACUGGGUGCGACUCCACUUCCCGGUAUACUGGUGUAUGUGCUUGGUGGCAUAACUUAAGCCCGUGUUAAUCUGCUGUCAGGCAAAGGUCUUUAAAAGACAGCCGCAGACAUGGCUGAAAGUGACCCAGGAGCAAAUUUCAAUACCAAGAGUUUGAGCUUGCGUGUGCAGAAGAAGGUUGCUAGCAAGAUGUCUACAAAAGGUGUUGCGAAGACAUUAGUUGAUGACACCACUGCCGCCAUACUGGACCAUUUGCACAAGCUUGCUAAGCUCGAGUAUACCAGUAAGAAAGAUGCUGAGAAACUAGUCAAGUAUAUUGUUAAAAUUGUCGUCAAAGUUGGUCUUUUGCAUCGCAAUGACCAGUUCAAUGCACAAGAGCUCAAAAUGCAGCAGCAAUUCCAGCAGAAAUUUCAUAAUGUCAUCAUGACGGCGAUCAGUUUCCAUGAAGUCGAUUUUACUUUUGAUAGGGACUUUCUUAUCUCCCAGUUUCAAGGCUUAGAGGAUCUCCUCCAUAAAAUAGUGGAAAGGCACUUGCGUGACAAGUCCCAGAAGAGAAUCGUCUUUAUUUUUGAUUUUUUCAAAAAAGAGUCCUUUUUGGAUAAAUUGUUUGCAUCAGAUGGAGAAUACAAAGCGGAAAUGACUGAAGUUACCAAGCUCCUUAACAAACUUGUCGAAGAAGGUAAUGUUUGAUGAAGAUGAUCAAAUUAUUGAUACAUAAAAGCCGUAAUUGACAGACUUGUCUGAUGAGAAAUAACAGAUUGAUUUCAUAAACCCUUUGACGAGCAAAGUCAAUAUUAAUUUUAUCAAAUUUAAAAUUUUGUUGGCGUGGAGUUCUGAAAAUCGUUUAGUUGAUUCUUAUCAAAAAGGUGUUUUUGAUAACUAUGAUAUAAUAACGUCUCGCUUAAUUGCAUUUUAGUCACCUAGGACAAGCUUUCAGCUAAGACGAUUUCUCACCAUUCAUACAUUCAACGUAUAUGCUUUUUUCUAGAGGAGAUAUUGCCUGUGAGAUCCCAAUCUUUAAGUCAAGCUCUUUGUAGAUCAGGUUUUUACCGUUAACAUUUUUAGUUUGCUCACCUCUAUAUACGUAAACAGAAAAGCUACCAUGAAGAAAGUUAAUUAAAAUUUAAUUCAGAAUCACCAACCUAGCUCCAUGAAACAAACUCUCUCCUUAGCUGAUGUUUCAAAAUACGACACAAGUAUGAAUAGAAUAUCUAGGAUAUAUUUCCCCAAUUACUACAUAAAUACUCACUUUUUCUUUCUACCUGGUUAUGUCAGAGUUUUGUUAUUGAAUCUAUACGAAUGAGAUAACUAUCCUGGCAUUUGUAUCCCUUUUUGUCAUUGAAUUGCAUUUUCGUUGCAAAAGUUCUUUAUAGGAACCGUGUUCUGAUCCAAGACACAAAUGGGUGAUUACAGUCAACUCUCUACCCAGAAAUAUUUUGACUACUUGAGCUAAAAGUUUCAGUAAACAAUUUGCUAAUCCAACCUGCUUUUGUGUCAAUUGGUUUGAUUUUACGGAGUCUAUGAUAGAUUUUAGAAGAUAGUUAGAUCUGCUAUAACCAAUGAUAAACUAUUUAUAAAUAAAAAUAGUUUAGAUGUUCUGUUGAUAACAAAUUUAUCAAUACCUUAUCGGUAGAAACUUUAUCAGGACAACUAUCCUACGGUUAAUUUUUUUAAAGGAAUGAAGUUUCAUAAAUUUCUGCAGAUAAAGUUUUCUCACCGAUAAAGUAUUUGCUAGCCAGUAGUAAAGACUUUAUUGUAAAUUAUUAUCAAAAUUAUUACGUCAAGUCAGAAAACUAGCUCUCUUAUUUAGAAUGGAAGCAUAUUUACUUUUAUUUCAUAUCGCGUAUAAAAUCGAUAAAUAUCUCGUCGCAUGAAUAAUGAAUAAUUUAUGAAUAGGAAAGGAUCCUCCAAGUCUUGUUUUAGGAAUGACAGGUAUCCACUGGAGUUGACAAAACAUUUGAAAAUUUGUUCUAUCUUCUUCACACCAUUAAAUAUUGAUUCUUAAACGCAAGUUUAACAUUCUGUUGAAAGACACCGACAUCUAAGACACUGUUCCUCGAUUUUUAUUGCCUUUUUUCAUUGAACAUUCAAUGAUCACAAAUGUAUUCAUCGAACGCAAAUGUUCCUAAAUAUCUCAUUAUAUAGCGUGUAUGAAUUCAUUUAUUCGCUAUAAAUUAAGCUGAAAUUGUAAUGCUAAAAGCUAAAAUUUUCAAUCUUCCAGAUCCCAGCGAUUUUUUUUUAUUAUCCAUUUUGAGUCAAUCAUCCACAACACUGUUUUUAACCACUUGCCUGUUUAGUAAGAUAUAGAACUCAUUUAAAACGAUAAUUAUAUUCUAAAAACGAUGUAUGAAUACGUGAUAAUAGUAUGGUAAUGCAUUGCAUUGAUGCUCAUUUCACGUUUAAUAGUUUAUGAUUGUUUUUCACUUUUUCUUGUAAUUUUAUCGAGAAUUUAUCACAAUUGUAACUAACUA